AUGUCUCGUUCAACAAUCAGCACGACAAGAUACGUUCUCGCUAGGUAUUCCAGAUCUUAUCCGUCGAGCGAGGCUCCAAACUCGAGCGCAACCGGCGCAUCCGAGCGCGAGGGCACAUCUGAAUGGGAACAGUUCUUCAAACCCCUGCUUCAGCUCACUCUACAGAGGACGGUCGGUGCCGAGAACAAUACGAUAGAGUCUGUACGGCUUAGGAUCGCGUGGGACAUGAGCCCGCAGGGAGAUCCGCAAGAAAUCGUGCUUGAGGACCUGGACCUGUUAAGCUUCUCGACAAUGGGAAGUGCUCGUGCAUUUCCUCAGCAGUCGCAAGGAUUGCCCCUGAGAGCCGUCUAUCAGGACGCUCUCGUCGGCAUCCGAUAUUUGCAUCUGCAUCCGAGCCCGACAUACCGCCGAUUUCGGAUCACAUUUGCCUCACCUACCGAGGCAGCUCAGUUCAUUGACAACAUACGAUAUGUCUGCCCGUGUCAACCCAACAGACCGGCCUCUAUCAACCACGGCGCACCUCUGCUCAGGACCAUCGCCUCCCAGAACUCUCAAGGAGUGGACUUCCCUUCGAGCAGCCCACCUAUACCCCAGUCUCAGAGUUUCCCGGAACUGUUCGCAUCGCAGGUGACCUCUCCCGAACAGCAAGGCACGUUAGCGCCAGAGUCGAACCAUGGAGGCCGAGUCCAGUCGGCUCCGCUGAUUGCGAGACAUUCACGCCUCCAUCACCAAGCGCCGUCCUCUUCCAGCGAUGCCAUUUCCACUCCAGAGCCUCGGCUGCCGUUACGGGACCCCGUGGCGAGGACGUCUUUGCGCUUCCACCCCCCGACGUCUUCCCCGCCACGGCCUUCGCCGCCGAGUGGCAGCGAUCCCUUGGACUUGUUGAGGGGUGGAACCCAAACGGCCGCAGCGUCAGCCGAGGAAGUUCCUCGUGAUCGAUUACUGGCAGCUCUGGAGGAAGAUCCGUCUCUCGAGAAGCUAUCGCGCGGUGACCUCGAGGAACUGGUGGGGCGCGUCGUUCGCGAAGAAGGGUUUGCUCAGCUACUGGAGAAACUUGACUCCAUGUGGGCGAUGAAAGGGUUUCUGGGCCGAUGA